AUGGCCACAGAGACCACACCAGCCGUGGUAUUUUGGCAGUGGGUGAACCAGUCUUUCAAUGCUGUUGUCAACUACACCAACCGCAGUGGUGACGCCCCGAUGACUGUCAAUCAGCUGGGUGCAGCUUAUGUGAGUGCCACGACUGGAGCUGUGGUCACUGCCCUGAGCCUGAAGGCCUUAGCCUCGCGUCUGCCUCCUAUUGCCAGCCGCUUCGUGCCCUUUGCUGCUGUUGCAGCUGCAAACUGUAUCAACAUCCCUUUCAUGAGACAAAGGGAGUUGAAGUUUGGAAUUCCUGUCACAGAUGAGAAUGGAAACAAGUUAGGGGAGUCUGUCAAUGCAGCCCAGCAGGCCAUCGCUCAGGUGGUGGUGUCCAGGAUCGGAAUGGCCGUCCCAGCCAUGGCCAUCCCUCCAGUUAUUAUGAAUGCCCUGGAAAAGAGAGCUUUCAUGAAGCGCUUCCCAGUCCUGAAUGCUCCUGUGCAGGUGGCGCUUGUGGGUCUGUGCUUAGUCUUUGCCACUCCUCUGUGCUGCGCCCUGUUCCCCCAGAAAAGUUCCAUAAGUGUGAGUGGGCUGGAGAAGGAGCUUCAAGAGAGGAUACGAGAGACCAGCCCCGAAACCACCCGAGUUUACUUUAACAAGGGCCUGUAG